AUGACUUCAAUUCAGAAUGGUGGUGAAGAUAAACCAGUUAUUAUUUCACUAUUAGAUACUGAUUUGUAUAAAAUCUAUAUGCAUGCUGCUGUUUAUAAACAAUUUCCAAGCAUUCCGGUUAAAUAUAGAUAUACAAAUAGAACGCCAGACUUAAAAUUAAAUAAACAAGCAAUUGAAUGGCUAAAAAAACAAAUUGACUCACUUGGAGAUUUAUCAUUUUCAGAUUCAGAAAUUGCAUAUUUACAAAAGACAUUACCUCAAUUACCUUCGGAAUAUUUGACCUAUCUUAAAUCAUUUAAAUUAAACCCAAGGUCACAAAUUGAAUACAUACCAGGUGAUGAUUUCAAAUUAGAAAUAGAAGGAUUAUGGAGUGAUACGAUUUUAUAUGAAAUUCCAUUAUUAGCAUUAAUUUCAGAAGCAUAUUUUAAAUUUGUUGAUGUUGAUUGGAAUUAUGAAAAUCAGUAUGAAAUAGCAUAUAAAAAAGCUGAAGAAUUAGUUUCUCAUGAUUGUAAUUUCAGUGAAUUUGGUACAAGAAGACGAAGAUCAUUUAAAUCUCAAGAGAUAGUCAUACAAGCUAUAAAAGAUCUCAAAGAUAAGACAAAAAGUGAUUUAAUAGCCGGUACUUCAAAUGUUUACUUCGCUAUGAAAUACGAUCUAAUACCCAUUGGUACAGUUGCACAUGAAUGGUAUAUGGGAAUAGCAUCAAUUACACAAAACUACCCACAAGCAAAUAAAUUAGCAAUGGAUUAUUGGAUAGAUACUUUUGGUAAAUCAUAUGCUGGAUUAGCAUUGACAGACACAUUUGGAACAGAUAAUUAUUUAACUGUUUUCAAAAAUUCUUAUAUUCAUGAUUAUGUUGGAGUCAGACAAGAUUCAGGAGAUCCAGAAUUAUAUGCAAAGAAAAUUGCAAAACAUUAUAAAGAUAAUGGAGUUGAUGUUUCAACUAAAGUUAUUUGUUUUUCAGAUUCUUUAAAUAUUGAAAAGUGUCUACAAUAUAAAGAGACAGGUGAUGAAUUAGGAUUCAAGACUACUUUUGGAAUUGGUACUUUUUUCACUAAUGAUUUCAAGAAUUCAAAAACUGGUGAGAAAUCAAAGCCGUUAAAUAUUGUAAUUAAAUUAAAAGAAGCUAAUGGAAAACCAAGUAUUAAAAUAAGUGAUAAUAUAGGUAAGAAUAUGGGUGAUGAAGAAACUGUGAAAAGAGUGAAACAAGAGUUGGGAUAUACUGAAAGAGUAUGGGAAGAAGGAGAUGAAUCACAUAGAUGGGACAAGUAA